AUGGCGACCACGCUUAGGAGGCGCAUCCCCCCAGAGGCCGAGCCUGCCGACGAUGAACCUUCGAACCGAACUGAUAGCCCGGCGCCCCAGCCAACGUCCCAUAUCCAUGUUAUCGAGCGCGGGCCCAAGAAGACGAAACGCCGCAAUACUUUCGUCUUCCUUCUCGGCAGUCUCUGCGGCAUCAUCGGCGCUGGCUUCUUUGCCUCGAGCAAUGACAUGCUCGAUUUCCCCGAGCUUGGGGACCUGAGCAUGGAUACUAUUCUCGACGCUGUCCCGGCCUCUCUCAUUUCCGACCUCAGGAGCUUCGUGCAAGGAGAGCGUGCUGCCGUCGACACAUAUGAUUCCUUCUCCGUUGGUCUCAAGUCCCGCGCCGAGGGCCUCCAAGCCCACCACCCCAUGAUCAUGGUGCCCGGCGUCAUUUCCACCGGUCUCGAGUCUUGGGGCACUGCCAACAUCUCGAGGCCAUAUUUCCGCAAGCGCCUCUGGGGCAGUUGGUCCAUGAUGCAGGCCCUCAUUCUCGACAAGGAGAUGUGGAAGCAGCACAUUAUGCUUGACAAGCAGACUGGUCUCGACCCUCCCGACAUCAAGCUCCGUGCGGCCCAAGGUUUCGAUGCCACCGACUUCUUCAUCACGGGCUACUGGAUCUGGAACAAGAUCUUCGAGAACCUGGCCACCAUCGGGUACGAUCCCACAAACUCCUUCACUGCCGCCUACGACUGGCGGCUGUCCUACCCCAACCUCGAGCGGAGAGACCAGUAUUUCACGAGGCUCAAAUCCUACAUCGAGACAGCCGUCGGGUUCGAGGGGACGAAAGUAGUUUUGGCAUCCCACAGCAUGGGCAGCCAGGUUGUCUUUUACUUCUUCCACUGGGUCCAGUCCGACCUUGGUGGUAAAGGCGGCCAGGACUGGGUGGAGCGACACAUCGAGUCGUGGAUCAAUAUCAGUGGCUGCAUGCUUGGCGCCGUCAAGGACCUCACAGCCGUCCUGUCCGGCGAGAUGCGCGAUACGGCACAGCUCAAUGCAUUUGCUAUUUACGGGCUCGAGAAGUUCCUGAGCAAGGAGGAGCGCGCCGAGCUGUUUCGCGCCAUGCCUGGCAUCUCCUCCAUGCUGCCCAUGGGGGGUGAUGCCGUCUGGGGCAACCAGACGUGGGCUCCGGACGACCAGCCUGGUCGUAACAUCUCAUUCGGCACACUUCUCAACUUCCGUGACUAUGGCGCCAACUGGACAUCACCAGACCGCAACUUCACCGUUGGUGAUUCACUCAACUACCUCUUCAACACCACUGAGGACUGGUACCAGAAUCAGGUCAAGUCUAGCUACUCGCACGGGGUUGCGCACACCAAGGCCGAGGUGGAAGCGAAUGAACUGAAUCCUGCCAAAUGGAUCAAUCCGCUUGAGACGAGGCUGCCCCUCGCGCCCAGCCUGAAGAUCUACUGCUUCUAUGGUUUUGGGAAGCCAACAGAGCGUGCCUACUACUACCGACCACCAGAACCUUCGGUCCUCACAAACCUAAACAUCACCAUUGACGUCGGCUUGACGGAGGGAGAGGUUGACCACGGGGUGGUCAUGGGUGAAGGUGAUGGGACUGUCAACUUGCUCAGCACAGGGUACAUGUGCAACCGUGGCUGGCAGAUGAAGAGGUACAACCCCGCUGGAGUUCAGGUGACAGUUGUAGAGAUGCCUCACGAGCCGGAGCGGUUCAGCCCCAGAGGAGGGCCCAAGACGGCGGAUCACGUUGACAUUCUGGGGAGGCAGAAUCUAAACGAGCUCAUUCUGAAGGUAGCGGCUGGCAAGGGCUCCACCAUUUCCAACUACGUUGCCAGCAACAUUCGCAAGUAUGCCGCUCGGGUCAAGAUCUACGAGGAGGGCGAGGAGGAUAGCCAAGAAACGGGCGGGGAGGGCGAGAGCGGCAGAUUAUAG